CCAGCAUCCAGCCUGUGACACACAGGCACCUCUUUCCACCCUCCUCUUUCAUAAUUUCCUUUCGACAACAAAAUAAGAACCAUGCCGAAUAUAUACAAAGCAGGGGACUUUGUAGCUGCGGCAACCUUUACAACACUCUGCUUCGCCCUUGUGAUUCCUGAAUGCGAUGAUAGACCUAGUUACUUUGUAGCUGCAGUCCAUCUCGUUGCCGGUGCGGUUGGGUUUUGCAGCUGCUUUUCCGAUAGUAUGAUAAUGACAAUUGCCACAACCAUUUGCAAUGCGGCAACGAUCUGUUCCAUGAACGUGCUCAAUGUGCCACGAUAUGAUGAUAGUCCGUUGAUCCCCAUGAUGAUCUGGCUCUAUGUGAUGCUCAAUGCCAACCUUGGUCUGCCAUUUCGUGUCACUGCGGGUCUUAGCAUCUUCUUGUUUUUGACUGGUGUCUUCGCAGCCUGUAUGAAACCAGAAGAAGUCAACCUGGACAAGCCUCUUGCCUUUAGGACCAUUGGGGCUGCAACAUUCCUUCACAUUCUCGUGCAUUGGCUGGUAUUAUCGUCGUCAUCAUGUGGAGAGGGGAAGUCUAGCAUCCUGGUCAACAUGUGUCCCAAGCUGAAUCCGGAGCUUUUGACCAUGCAUGGAGCACGACUGGUUUUGGGAGGUGUCUUUGUACACAACUUGCUAGCAGAUGUGGCCACAAUUGAAGCAGAGGCACUUUUGCUUGGGGACAGUGCCGUGGGGAUGAACAUUGCCUUUUUGGCCGUUAAGGCAGGGUUUGUCUUUGCCGUGGGCUUGGCGGCUAUUGGAGCUUUCCGCAAGAACAUAGACAUGAAUGAAAAGCUGGAAACACUGGUCCAGCAACGGACAAGUCAGCUGCAACAACAGGACCGGAGCCUCAACAUGUUUGGACGAGCUCUUCAAGCCAGUGAAACUGCUAUUGCGAUCACGGACUCCACCCAGAACAUCAUUUGGCUCAAUCCUGCUCUUGUGAAACUCUCUGGGAUGAAAGAGAAGGAUCUAGAACACAGAAGCAUCCUCGACGUCCUUUCCCUCUCUCUGGAUGACAGGCAAAAGCUAUCAGGCGCAUUCCGAACAAACAGUCGAGACCCAAUCAUGCUCAAGGUGGGUCUUCACACGGUGGUUACAGCAGAGCUGACCUCCCUGAGUGCUGAUCAACAGCAGAGUACACCGGACCACUUUGUCGUUGCCUUGAAGGAUAUCACUGAGGCGCAGGCGCUCGAAAGGGCUCAGGUUGCAGCUGAGAAGGACGCUUUGAUGGCAAAAGUCAUGAAAGAGUCCAUGGAAACACUCACCCAUGAGCUGAGGACGCCUUUGCAAGGCAUCAUGGGAGUUUGCAGUAUGCUGCGAUGUGAUGCAUCGUUCCAGUUGCCUGACCAAGCAAUGGAUUCGUUGGACUUGAUCAUGGCCAGCUCCAGUUUGCUUCUGGUGUUGAUCAACAACCUAUUGGACAUUCGAAAGAUUGACUCUCACAUGAUGGACAAGUUUCAGCUCUCUCCAACCUCUUCAAAGUCUCCACUUCAAGAUUCAGCUGAUUUCUGUAGGCCAUUGGCCAAGAUAUCAGGUGUUGAGAUUGAUAUACAGCACAAGGGUACUGAGCAUGCCGUUGUCAUGGCGAAUGACUUGAGGCUGCAACAGGUACUCAUCAAUCUGAUCUCCAAUGGAAUCAAGUACACACCCUCAGGCAGCACAAUCCGUAUCGAGUCCAGGACAAGUACUUUGGGGGAGACGCGCGCCUUGGCAAAGGCUGCCUUGGCCUGUGGACGUGAUCAAUCCAAUGAAUUCUUCUGCAGCGAGAGCAACUCGAGGAACGAUGAUGUCCGUGUCCUGGUCGUCUCGGUGGUUGAUGCUGGUCUGGGCAUUGCCCCCGGGCAAGAAAAGCGAAUGUUUCGCAAGUUUGCUCAACUCGACAGCAAGCAGCAGAACGUUCUGGCUGAGACUGGGCAACCAGGCGGUACAGGAUUGGGACUCAAUUUGUGCCAAAAGUUUGUUCACUUGAUGAAGGGUGACAUCUGGGUCGACAACAAUACAGAUGGCCCCGGUUCUGCAUUCUCCUUCUACUUGCCGCUGGUUUCCAAUGAGGAUCCAGCUGCAAACAGAAAUGGAACGAAGGCUGUUCCUCAUCAGCAACGUCCACGAGAAUGUUCCGAUCGAAAGGAGUCGCAGGUAUCAACAUCCUUGACUGCAAAAACGACCCAAGCACCCAAGGCCACCCCAAUUGUCCACAAUCUGACAUCGGGUCUCCGUAUCCUCGUCGUAGACGAUAUCCUCAUCAAUCGCAAGGUACUCAGCCGCAUGUUUCGUCAGAUUGGUGUCAAGUCGGUGGAAACAGCCGAAUCUGGGGAAGAGGCGCUGAAACGCUUCGAAGAUCAGGAGGUGUUUGACAUUGUGAUUAGCGACUUGCAAAUGCCACCUGGCAUGUCUGGCCUUGAAUUUAGCGUUGCGCUUCACAAGAUGGAUCAUCUCCGACGGCAUCCCGUGGUCAUUGGUCUGACAGCCGACACGAGCCCCGACUUGCACGAACGAUGCAUUGCCAGCGGCAUGGUGGAUGUUAUUCACAAGCCUGUCACGGUUGGUGAUCUGACCGAGUAUUUUGGGAGACUGCUGCAACCCCCAAAGUCGACCAACACGGCGGCUCCUCUGCCAUUACCGACACGGGCACCUCUUGAGCAAAUUCGAUCAGGCGUUUGGGCAAGAAAUGGAGUUGGGUCGGAGACCGGCUCCCCGCGACAACUUCCGCAAUGCAGAGCCUGUGGGGCAGCAUAGCUCGUUCAACUCGGUCGAAGGACUGGCGAGCAGCACAGACAUUGCAACCAAGGGCAUUCAUUUCCUUCCCAGUGAUGCCUUGCGCUAGUACCGAUUCCUAUCCACGACCCUUACCUUUUUCCCACAGAAUGCAUCAUCGCCUUGGGAGCUCUUUGGGAGAAGAUCCGCGAUUCGCCAGGUGGGACGUGGACCCCCAUUGAUGGGAAGGAAUAAGCGCACAGGGACACGUGUAAGAUUGCGUCGGUUCCAACAAGUCGUGAGGCAGUCGCUUGCCGUCUCCGUAUAUUGGUACCGUACUACCUUAGUAGGGAUGUCUUAUAAGCUAGCUAGUAGCCACCUUUAGGCUUCAAAAUUAACUACAUGUAGCUAAUCUAAUAAUACUCAGUGGUUCAUUGUAAUUUCAAGUAAUGCCGUCGUGUUUAUAGGUUUAUCAUCAGUCUCUUUGUCUUUCUAUUUUUUGAGGAUGACGCUCAUGCCUUUUGAUUCCUUGGUCUUAUAGGAUGCAUUGCUCUGGUCCACGCGUUUAAUCGUUCUUCAUAUCACCAUCAUCCUUUGGGUGUGCCAGAGCAGACGUGUCAUGACGGCAAAUCAGGAUUCCUCUAUCCUUCUCCUCGUUGGUUCUAAUAAUGUCUUGGUGGUGUGUUGUUCAAUCAUCUAAUCUCAUCACACCAAUUCCAUAAUAAUAUAUGUCUAGUUGACAUCCUCUUCCAUCAUGAGAGAAACAGCCCCAUUGAGAUCCAACAAGGAAAGCCCUGGCGCUUGAUCGUAGAGCCCAAAAUCCACAACGGCUUCGCCUGCUACUCUCCACAGAUCCUGCAGACUGUCCUGGGCAAAGACAACGUCAUCCAUGGUCUGUCCCGUUUGUGCGCCAGCCAUGAGUACUCGUCCUUUGGCCACUUGCUGAUUGUCAAAUUCUUGUACCAAAAAGUCGGCCACUUCUCGCAGCAGCACGUUGUUGUGGCUGAUCGUUUUUGCAGCAGUAGUAGGGGCUGUGGACGUCUUGCCGUCAAUGGCUACCUUCUUCUGAGAUACCUUGCUCCUCUUCUUGGCGUCUUUUGCCUUGGUGUCUUUCUUCUUGUUCCGUUUGCUGUCCUUUCUCCAUCUCCAAGUGCUUUCUUCUUCUUCUUGUUCUUCUACUUCCGCAAACUGAGGAAUGUGCGAAGGAUCUGCCAAGAAUGGUGUUCCUCGAAGGAUCUCUUGUGCCAACGUGGCGGUUUCGGGCUCGAGGCCAGGUGGUAGUGGAUGAUGCAAGGCAGUCGUUUUCCAAGUAGACGGCCGUGCUAACGACAUGACAAGAGGGGGCGCCACCAUGGAAAAGGCGUCGCAUGUGGUUGCCAAACUCGCGGCGGCCAUGAAGAGCACUUUGCUGCUGGUAGAUGAGUCCAUCGUUGUAUUGUUAGUAGUAGUAGUGGGUCGCUUUCUUCGUUUUGUUCCAGUAGUGGACAUGAUUUGUGACAGUUACUUGUGAAUAACCAAUAGCUCAGUAGACUAAUCAAAGCGAGUGAGAAUUGAUGCGCCAGUCCCAAACCUGACAACGGUGUGGUUUGUCGAUGAUGAGAUAGAAAACACUGUUGAUGUGGAGGCUCAAUUGCCACGGUGUCUGACGAAUGCACUUGAAGUGCGAGAAUUGCCUACAGCUGGCAGUUUCAUUGGUGGAGACUGAGUCACUCACAAAUUAUGAGUCACAGAAAUAGAAAGCCAG